UGUGUGGGUGUGUGAGCGCGCAAUCGGCGCAUGUGUGAGUGCGAGUGGGAGAGCAAGACAAGACGUGUUCUUUUGGGCAAAAGCAAAUAAUUUGUUUUAUCAGAGAAAAACAAAAAGUUUCCAGUGAGCUGUUGCGAUAAAAACACGACAAUCGCAUUGCAGCCGCGACAGAAGCGAAAAAUCAGCCUCAGCUGACCGGAAAGUUCACUUGCGACGUGGAAAUUCACCAGAGAACGAACAAAAUUUCAGAAUGUGUGGGAUUUUCGCUUACUUAAAUUACUUGACUCCGAAAUCACGGCAGGAAGUCUUGGAUCUCCUGCUGCAGGGCCUGAAAAGACUGGAGUACCGCGGCUACGACUCCACGGGAAUAGCGAUUGAUGCGCUGAAUUCCGGGGAAGCACAGUCGAUACUCCUGGUGAAAAGAACCGGGAAGGUGAAGGUCCUAGAGGAUGCGGUUGCAGAGGUUUGCUUGGGCGGGGACUACUCCCUGCCCAUCGACACCCACAUAGGAAUCGCCCACACUAGGUGGGCCACCCACGGAGUGCCCUCCGAGGUCAACUCUCAUCCGCAGCGAUCCGAUCAGGAGAACAGCUUCGUUGUGGUCCACAACGGCAUCAUCACGAACUACAAGGAUGUGAAGACUCUGCUGGAGAAGAGGGGAUACGUCUUCGAAUCGGACACGGAUACGGAGGUGAUAGCCAAGCUGGUGCACCACCUGUGGCAGCAGCAUCCUGGCUACACCUUUGGCGAGCUCGUGGAGCAGGCAAUUCAGCAGCUGGAGGGCGCCUUUGCUAUCGCUUUCAAGUCGAAGCACUUUCCCGGCGAGUGUGUGGCCUCCCGACGAGGUUCGCCUUUGCUGGUUGGCAUUAAGGCCAAAACCAAGCUGGCCACGGACCACAUUCCCAUCCUGUACGCCAAGGCCCAUCGGCCACAUGGCCAACCUGCCCAGCAGGCCUUUCAAUUGUUGCCCUCCGGCGACUGCAGUGCGGAGUUCCAGCCGCUGGAGCGCAAGGAAGUGGAGUACUUCUUCGCCUCGGAUGCCUCUGCAGUUAUAGAGCACACCAACAGGGUGAUAUAUCUUGAAGACGACGACGUGGCCGCCGUAAAGAGUGAUGGCACCCUCAGCAUUCAUCGCCUGAACAAAUCCUCGGAUGAUCCGCAUGCCAGGGAGAUCAUCACGCUGAAAAUGGAGAUCCAGCAGAUCAUGAAGGGCAACUACGACUACUUCAUGCUGAAGGAGAUCUUCGAGCAGCCGGAAUCCGUGGUGAACACGAUGCGAGGAAGGAUGCGGUUCGAUACGCAGACCGUUGUUCUCGGAGGAAUCAAGGAGUACAUUCCCGAGAUCAAGCGCUGUCGCCGUCUGAUGCUGAUUGCCUGCGGAACAUCCUAUCACAGCGCAGUGGCCACCAGGCAGCUCCUGGAGGAACUCACGGAACUGCCCGUAAUGGUGGAACUGGCCUCUGAUUUCCUGGACAGAAAUACUCCUAUUUUCCGCGACGAUGUGUGCUUCUUUAUCUCCCAAUCCGGGGAGACAGCCGACACUCUAAUGGCUCUGCGGUACUGCAAGCAAAGGGGAGCCCUCAUCGUGGGCGUGACCAACACGGUGGGCAGCAGUAUCUGCCGGGAGUCGCACUGCGGAGUGCACAUCAACGCGGGGCCCGAGAUUGGAGUGGCCUCCACCAAGGCGUACACCUCUCAGUUCAUUUCUCUGGUUAUGUUUGCUCUGGUCAUGUCGGAGGAUCGCUUGUCCCUACAGCAGCGGCGGCUGGAGAUCAUCGACGGACUGUCCCAGUUGGAUGAGCACAUCAGAACCGUCUUAAAGCUGAACUCGCAGGUGCAGGAGCUCGCCAAGGAGUUGUACCAGCACAAAUCGCUGCUCAUCAUGGGCAGGGGCUUCAACUUCGCCACCUGUUUGGAGGGAGCACUGAAAGUCAAGGAGCUUACGUACAUGCACAGCGAAGGAAUCCUGGCUGGCGAACUGAAACACGGACCUCUGGCGCUCGUGGACGACGAGAUGCCGGUGCUGAUGAUCGUCCUGCGGGAUCCUGUGUACACCAAGUGCAUGAAUGCCCUGCAGCAGGUGACUUCGCGGAAGGGCAGACCCAUCCUGAUUUGCGAGGAAGGCGACAAUGAAACAAUGUCCUUUUCCACUCGGUCGCUGCAGAUCCCCAGGACGGUGGACUGCCUUCAAGGAGUGCUGACGGUUAUUCCGCUGCAGCUGCUCUCCUACCACAUUGCCGUUUUGCGGGGAUGCGAUGUCGACUGCCCCAGGAACCUGGCCAAGUCGGUGACCGUGGAGUAGACGGCAAAAUCAACGGCAUUGCCGGCAUCAAUAAUUCCAUUUUAGUAUCUGCCUGAAAAAAACAAACCCUAGGACCUAAGUUGAUAUUCUUUUGGUAUUUUCACGGAUUCAAAGCCGAACUUUUUGAUUAACCCGCUGUGCCCGUCCGGCUAAAGCCGGAUCUGUUAACCCCCUGCAUUUUGUAGCCCUUACUGACCUUUUUGUGUUGUGAAACUAUAUUUUUUGUGAAUGUGCAAUUGAAAUAUAAAUAUUUCCAGAUUUUCAUAAAAA